UGCCAGUCAUUGGAGGGCUUCAAAGCGUUGCUGACAUUGUUUAGAAAACUACAGAUCCCAUCAUUUUUUAGUUUAUGCCACAGAAAUUUGUUUUUAGCAUUUCUCUGGCUCUGAAGCAGAAGUGAUGGGUAGGAAAUGUAUGUUUGGGCAUUUUUUCCAAGAAAAGUUAUAGUGCUGAAACAAACCUCCAACGUGCACCGUGACCGUGAAAAGAAGGAGAGCACAGCAGAGGACAUGGAGGUGGAGGAUCAUGAUCAAGAAGGAUCCAGUUCAGAGGAGGAGGAUUCUGAAACAUCGUCUGUCUCCGAAGAUGGAGACAGCUCCGAAAUGGAUGAAGAGGAUUGUGAGCGAAGAAGGAUGGAGUGUUUGGAUGAAAUGUCAAAUCUAGAGAAACAGUUUACUGAUCUCAAAGACCAGCUGUAUCGGGAACGUCUCACUCAGGUCAACAGCAAGCUGGCAGAAGUGGAGGCCGGUCGUGCAGCAGAAUAUUUAGAUCCUCUGGCCGUGCUGCUGGAGAACAUGCAGGUUCGCACCAAGGUGGCAGGUAAUCUUAACGUGUCACAAAAUCGAUCUAUGCCCUGGCGCCUGCGUUCACAUUCCAAACCCCUGUUUUUGUCAGGCAUCUACAAGGAGUUGUGCUUGGAGUCUGUGAAGAAUAAGUACAAGUGUGAGAUCCAGGCUGCAUGCCAGCACUGGGAGAGUGAGAAACUGUUGUUGUUUGAUACGGUUCAAAGUGAACUGGAAGAGAAAAUAAGAAGACUGGAGGAAGACAGACACAGCAUUGAUAUAACAUCAGAGCUGUGGCAUGACGAGCUAUCCGGAAGGAAGAAAAGAAGAGAUCCUUUUAGUCCGGAGAAGAGAAGGAGACGACCUUCAGUAGUGUCUGGGCCUUAUAUAGUCUACAUGCUUCCCGACUUGGACAUCCUGGAGGACUGGACAGCGAUCAGAAAGGCUGUCGCCAGCCUCGGCCCCCACAGAGGGAAGGUGGAGUCCGACACGUCCGCUUUCCCGUUCAGACCGGACAGAAGCCGACCCAUUCUCAACUGCUGAGACAUGGCAACACAACAGCAUCACGUGAAAACACGCGGCCUGAUGUUUAAAAUGGAUUCAUUCAGCCUCUGACGGGGAAUGCUCAAGACACCCUUUAAAUCAGACAACAAUAUGAAACGUCUGAUACCUUUGCAACCUGAGAUUAAUCUUGUGAAUCUUGUUUUUUUUUCCCCCCACUUUCAUAUACUGUAGAAGAUGACAGAACAGAUGUAAAAGAAAAUUCAUGCUUUCAUUGCAAAACGACAAGAUAACACAACAGAAUAAUCUUUCAGUCGUUUGGACUGAGCUGAUUUGGAGGUGACCGAUAUCUGACACUUUUCCAGGAUAUAUUCUAAAACCAAAUUACAAGACAAUGUUUCUUGUCUAGACGUGGAAGCGUUGGUGUGGCGUUGUACAGGAUUGACACCCAACUGCUUCACCUUUGCUUAAAAACAAAAGAGAAAAGAAAGCUUCACCUCGUUUUGGUAACUAGAUUUAGAAAAUUCAAAUUGCUAUUUAUUUUCCACACUGGAGCUGCUGCCAUCAAAAAUACGGAUGCAAAAAGGCGACAAAUGUCAAAAGCGUGCACAUGUGACUCAUUCUUACUGGAAUUUCAGGACAAGCCAGCAGCGUGACAUCUUUUUUUCUCUACAGUAUGUUUUUUUACAGAGCACAAACUACGAGUAUUACACAGUCUGAAACAGCCUCUGUGAACAAUUUUUCCUCAUAGGAAGGCUUGUAACUAUUAUGCAGGGAAAUUGGUAUUAUUAUUGUCUGUUAUUGUUUUAUUUGAUAUUGAUCAAAUUAAUUUAAUUGGAUUUAAUUUUGUUUUUGUCAAUUGUCUGUACAGUUUGGGGGUCAUUACAGUUAUUAUUGCCUGUACCUUUGUGUCAAGUUCUUAGUUUCAUAUUUUUGUGAGUUUUGCAUGAUUAUUUACAAGGACAUUGAACUGCACUCCAAUUUCACAUUUAGUUUGAAGUUAGCAGACAUUCCCAAUUUAUUUUUUAAGAAAAAAAAAUGCACUAUUUCAGUUGAUGUAGAAAAUUGACUUUGUUGAUGGCAUAUCUUUGAGUUCGAGUCCUUGUGUUUUCCUAAUAUCUUUUAUUACAAAAGCCACUCAAAUCACUCCCUAGAAAAGAAAAUGGAUUUGGUAAAAAAAAAAAAAAUUGGAGUAUUUUUAACAGCAAAGAACAAAAACACCAAAUGUUAUUGUACUCUGUAUUUAAUUGCUUAAAAUAUAAACGUGCUUCCAUCUUAACCAGCUGCUGUGAAUCUGCAAACAUAAGGAUGAGCAUUUUUUUUUGUUUUUCAUUCAAUCCUCAUUGCAUCCAUGAUGAACAAAAACUGUUGGGUGAAAGUAACCGAUUAAUUUGGAAUGGAUGAUAAACAAACUGACAUUCAAAAUCCUUUUUGUAAAUUGCUUUUUGAUGCUAAUGUAGUUGGCAAAGGGAUUUUUUUCCUCCCGCACAGUAAAUGCAUGCAAAAGCAAAGUGUUCUUGAGGAUGGAUUUUUUUAAAAUUAUUUUUGAAUAAAAUUAAUUUUACAGAG